UGCGUUUCUGUGCGUCCGGUCUAACUGCUCAGACAGAAGAGAGAGAGGGAUAGACGAAGAUAUUCACUGAUACCGUGUUAAUGCCGCCUUUCUUUUAUCGAUUUUUUUAAAAGUCAAAAUAGACACAUCCGGCAAUCGUCUGGCCCUAUCUAGCGACCCCUCGUCCCCCCUGCCCCGACACCCUAGCACACAGAUAUGAGCGGCAGCGGGCGGCCCAGGACCAGCUCGUUUGCCGAGCCACCAGGCGCUCCCGGAGCCGCUGCAGCCGCCGCCGGAUCGGCCGUUGCUGGUGGGAGUGCCGCAGGAAAGACUGGGGCUUCGCAGGCCUCCGGGAGCAGCUCGUCAGGGUUUGGUAACUUGAAGAUGGGCAGGGACAGCGGCAAGGUGACGACGGUGGUGGCCACACCCGGGCAGGGGCCCGACCGCCCGCAGGAGGUGUCUUACACGGACAUCAAGGUGAUUGGAAACGGCUCCUUUGGCGUGGUGUACCAGGCGCGCCUCAUCGACAGCCAGGAGAUGGUGGCCAUUAAGAAGGUCCUGCAGGACAAGAGGUUCAAGAACCGGGAGCUGCAGAUCAUGCGCAAGCUGGACCACUGCAACAUCGUGAGGCUGCGCUACUUCUUCUACUCGAGUGGGGAGAAGAAGGAUGAGGUCUACCUGAACCUGGUGUUGGACUUCGUCCCAGAGACGGUGUACCGGGUGGCCCGGCACUUCAACAAGGCCAAGACCACCAUCCCCAUCAUCUAUGUCAAGGUCUACAUGUACCAGCUAUUCCGCAGCCUGGCCUAUAUCCAUUCCCAGGGGGUCUGUCACAGAGACAUCAAGCCACAGAACCUGUUGGUGGACCCCGAGACUGCCAUCCUCAAGCUGUGUGAUUUCGGCAGUGCAAAGCAGCUUGUCCGUGGGGAGCCCAAUGUCUCCUACAUCUGCUCGCGGUACUAUCGGGCCCCCGAGCUCAUCUUCGGGGCCACCGACUACACGUCCAACAUCGACAUCUGGUCCGCUGGGUGCGUGCUGGCUGAGCUGCUGCUGGGACAGCCCAUCUUCCCUGGGGACAGCGGAGUGGACCAGCUGGUGGAAAUCAUCAAGGUUUUGGGGACCCCGACAAGGGAACAGAUCCGAGAAAUGAACCCCAACUACACGGAGUUCAAGUUUCCACAGAUCAAAGCACACCCCUGGACGAAGGUGUUCAAGCCGCGAACCCCUCCAGAGGCCAUAGCGCUGUGCUCCCGCCUGCUGGAGUACACGCCGGUGACACGGCUGUCCCCUCUGGAGGCCUGCGCCCACGCUUUUUUUGACGAGCUGCGGCAGCCCAGUGCACGGCUCCCCAGUGGCCGGGAGCUGCCCCUGCUCUUCAACUUCAGCCCCGUGGAGCUCUCCAUCCAGCCCCAGCUGAACUCCACGCUCAUUCCUCCACACGCCCGCGCGCAGACGACACCUCCCUCUCACGAUGAGAAUCUUGCAAACAGUUCCAUGGGAUGAAAGCACAAAGGUGAAACUUGUUCUUAAUCAGAGGGCAGUGUCUCAGACAGUGCAGCCCAGCCCAGCUCAGCACCUGGACCUCUCAGCAACAGCACCUGAACAGCCCUUGUUAUCUGUCUGUCAGUCAAAUCUCCCCUACCCUCCCAUUCCUCCAGAUUUUUCCAAUGUCAUUGGCUCCAAACUGUAGUAAGCAAAUACCACACACGCGCACACAAUACACCGCACACACACAAGCAAACGCACACAUGCAAACAAACGUUCAGCAUCUUUUUGUCCCCUACCCCCCACCACCACCAAACUUGUAACCCCUACCCUUUAAGUGAAAAAAAAACAGUUCUAACACAUAGGUUCAUCGUAGUUAUGCAGUAGGGUAGAGUUUCAGUCAGGUUAGGUCAGGUCAGUAUAAGCUACCUCCAGGCAGACGCCCAGGGAUUUCCGUGCAGUGCGAGGCUGGAGGUCUGCGUCAGCGAUCAGAUCUGCGUCUGCUAGCGGCAGCGGUAACCGAGGGCAUAGCAGGGGCAUCUUCAAGGGGCAUGUUGUCUGUAAUCUCCACUUUUUAAUUUCAUUCAUUUUUUUAAAGAGAAAAUAAAUUUUAUUUAUUUGAAUCUCA